AUGGCUGAAUCGGCACCAACUGACUCGCCUCCCACGGAGUCGCCUGUGGCGACCGAGGCAAAGUCCGAGUCCAAGGAGCUCGCACCAGAACAACCACCGUCUGCAGAGACCCUUCGCAAGGUCGAAAACUACACCGUGCUGGAUAAAGAGGGCAAUAAACACCCUUUCAAGAGUCUUUAUGCCGGCCCUGACUCGACCAGCCGCGUGCUGGUGAUCUUUAUCCGUCACUUCUUUUGUGGGAGCUGCCAAGAGUUCAUUCACGCCCUCAGCGAAUCAAUCAAACCGGACGAUUUGCUCCGUCUGCCGGUCAGCACAUCCGUCGUCAUCGUUGGCUGCGGUGAUCCAGGUCUCAUCGACCACUAUCAUAAGGAAACGGGCUGCCCGUUCCCCAUCUACGCCGACCCUACACGCAAACUAUACGCUGAUCUAGACAUGGUCACCUCGUACGCCUUGGGAGAGCGCCCGCAAUACUUCCGCAAGAGCAUGGUGCGCCUCAUCGGGGAGUCUGUGGUUCAGGGAUUCAAGCACAUCUCCACUGGACUGAUGACCAAGGCCGGCGACUCCAGCCAGAACGGUGGUGAAUUCCUAUUCGAGUCGAAUGACGGAGAUGAGAAGCAGGUUACCUGGUGCCACCGCAUGACCAACACGCGCGACCACACUUUGAUUCCCGCAUUGGCACACGUUCUUGACUCCGAGGGCAAGGUGCUGCCGCUGAACAACUAG